AUGGCUUCAAAAAUCGUGGCGACAGCCACAGUGCGUGCUGUAAAGCAUCGGAAGCUGCUUCCAAUGAGAGCUGCACUAUCUCUGACACCAGCAGCAGUGAACAGGAUAAAGCAAUUACUUGAAGGGAAAAAUGAAGUUAUUGGCCUAAAGGUUGGUGUACGACAACGAGGGUGCAAUGGAUUAUCCUACACGCUGGAUUACGCCUCAACAAAAGACAAACUGGAUGAAGAAGUCAUGCAGGAUGGGGUGAAAGUGCUUAUCGACAAGAAAGCACAAUUAUCGCUUUUAGGCACGGAGAUGGAUUACGUAGAAACGGAGCUCUCAUCGGAAUUUGUAUUUAAUAAUCCCAACAUUAAGGGCACGUGUGGGUGUGGUGAAUCUUUCAGCAUGUAA